GGUGUCUUGACUUAUCAAACGUCAUCCUGUGUGGGAGAAAAAGGCAAGAUGUCUCAGUGGAAAGCGGUUUGGAGAGGGGAUGAGAAAGAAAAGGGAGGGAUUUGUUAGUCACACGAUGUAUAUAUUACUGUGUCACAAAGGACUUCAGGUUUGUCUGAAGUCUUUGUUGGAGGACAUGCUUCACUUAAAUCCAGAGCUUGUUGGGAAUAGCAAGGAAAUGAAAUGGCAAGAUAACGGAGGAGAAAGAAAGUGCAUCUUGGUUUGAUGUUACUUUAGAGAGUCUAGCACUGACGGUUUAUGUCAGGCCAUACUUGAGGUUUUACGGUGUGAACAGCAAGUUUACAGAGGAGCACUCGAAGACACGCAGCGAUGAAGGAGACUAUGUGGAUUUAUGUCUUGAUCCUGCUCUUGUCUGAAACGCGGAGCGUGGAAUCAGGAACUAAUGAAAGCACCCCUGUGAACACCACUUCUCCUCCUAUCAUUGGUAAAAGUCUUUCCCCCGUGUUUCUAUACUGCUUCUGUUCACUAUGAGUAAAAUAUGAAGUGAGAAAGUGUGACCAGCAAAAUGUGAAAAUAACGCAGAAAUGAACUUUUCAGUAAUGGGAGUGAUGUUUAUUUGACGUGCAGCGAUAAGAUGUGGAAUGAGACAUUUUAUGUUAUCUGGAAAAUAAACUUUACUAACAAAGCCUCUUGUGAGAUAAACUUUGAAAGCCACGGUCAAAACACAGACACCUGCAAUGAUGGAAAGUCACUCCGAAACACAUCCAGUGCUCAGCCAUAUCUACAUAUCCCAAAGUUCUCAGAAAAUGAUGUGGGGAUCUACACGUGUGAGUUUGCUUACAGAGGAGGAGCUACUAAUUGUAAAAUCUACGUGAAAAUCAUAGCUACUCCUAUAAUGAAAGCCUGGUUAGAGCACAAAGACAACACAACGGUAGCAGUAUGUAGAGCUGAAAAUGGAAAUCCUGCAGCCAGCAUCAGCUGGAGUCAUGCACAAAAUUCUCCUGUGCAAAAAUUGCCUGGGAAAAAUGGACUUUUUACAGUAGAAAGUCGUCUGGAGCUUCCUGAAGGCAUGGAUCCAAAAAACCUGAGCUGCAUCAUCAGAUACCAGAACUUGACUGAGAUUCUGUUUCCAGAAUUUCAAAAAGUCAAAGUUGGUCCUCACUGGCUGUAUGCACUCAUACCUGGGAUAAUAAUUGCAUUUGUGGCAGGAGUCUUAUUUUUUGUGGUCAUGAAGCGGAGGCAACACCAACGGUCAGAUACCUCGUUCUCCAAAUCCCCACCGAUAGAGGAUGUGGAGGAAGUGGAGCCCUAUGCCAGCUAUGUUCAACGUGUGAACUCUAUCUAUAACUGAUCUGCAGAUAUGUUCACAAUGACAAAAGAAAAAGAAAAAAGCCUAUGCACAUGCAUCACAGCUUAAAUGCAACAAGUCUUUGUGAGAAACUGAGGGCUGUGAAACUGAGAAAGGGUGAAAUAGUAAAGAGAGGGAAAGAUCAAAGAUUUUCUCUGAAAGAGGAAAGUUUCUCACUUUAAAUGUAUCCUAAUAAACACUUAACUAAUGGAACGGGGGAUGUACCUGAUGUCUGCCCACCACUUUGUGUGGGUCUCGAGGAGAACAUUAACUAAAAACUGCACUGAACUGCUGAAAUGAGGAGGCUCUUGAGCCACAUGCAGCAUGUAAGACUACAGAACUACAGACUUUUGAUAAUGCUGAUGAAAUAUAUUGGCUACAAUUAUGUACAAAUACACUUAUUUAUACAUUAAAUACAUUAAAUAGAUAAUAGAUAAUCAUCUCUUACAUAGAAUCAUGCUGGAGUGGGUACAGUACAAGCACCAAGCAAUGAAAACAUGCAUUUUAAUCACACAGCUGUCUCAAGGUAAUGUGGACAAUGCCAUGUGAAGUAUUUAUGUUAUGUAUUAAUGUGAGAUGAUAUGAUUCUUUGUAUUAAAGUACAUGUAUAAAUGCUGACUUCAUUUUAGCCACAUUCUUCAGACUUAGGAACAACACUAGUAAUGCUGCAUCAGAGCAACUCAGAAAGAUACACCAAAAAGAGUCAAAACAGUUGUUCUCAACAUUUUUACAGUGAUAUCUGUCAAGGUGACUUUUUCAUUGUUUGAGGGCACACACUAAAAAUACAAUCAAUACUAACUGUCACCUUUUUCAUAGUGACUGUAUAAAGAUUCACCUCAGUACAAUAACAGUGACUAAUACAGUUCCGAGAAAAGAAACUAGAAAAGGGACUAUUCUGCCCUCUACUGGUGAAUAAUAGAAUUAAUGUUGCUACAGGAUUAAAUGAUGCAAGGUGCCUGAAUAAUUUCAGUGAUAGCAGUCAAUCUUACCGUCCGAGCUUGAAAGCCAUUAUUUGGUCUUUGGGAAUUAUUCUCCGGGCUUCUUGAAGGACAUUGAAAGCUCUUAUUUGGAUGUUGGCUGCCUUUUAUUCUGUUCUCUUUCAAGAUGAUCCCACACUGCAUCAAUAAUGUUGAGGUCCAGGCUCUGGGGAGGCCAAGCCAUGACAGUUUUCCAUUGGCAGUGUGUUUGGGAUCAUUGUCAUUCUGAAAAAUGAAUAUGUUCCCAUUCAGCCUCAUUCCAAACGCUUUUGCAUGGUGGGUGAAAACCUGAUGGCACAUUUCUGCAUUCAUUCAUCAAUUCUGGCAUGAUCACCAACACUAUACUCACUAACAAUGAUCUAAACCAAGAAAAGUCUUUCUCUCUCUCUCCAUAUAUAUAUAUAUAAAUAUAUGUAUAUAUUUGUAUGUCAGUGGCUUCACACUUGUUCUUUUCAGUAGCCUUAGUAAGUAAUAGACAGUAGAUCAGAGGCAAGAGCUGCAGUGACUAUAACUGUCUUUCCGUUAUAAUGACAGAACUAACAUUUGCCUCACAAAUAUAUCCCUAUCUUCACAGUCUGACUAUUUGAACUCUUUCAGUGACUUAGAACAUUAACAUGAUUUCCUCUUAAAAGCAGAAGCAAAUAGCAAAACUGGUUUUUGUUUUAAAUUGAAAAGAUUAUUUUUUCUUCCUCUUCUUUCAGUUUUCAGACAUGCAGUUUAUUCAUACAGCAUAAUAAAAACAGAUAAGGUAAAUAACAGUACUCUGCCAUAAAGUUAAAUGUAUAAAUAAUUCUGUUGAUUAGACAGAUUCAAAUAAAAAGGCACAUAAAAACAAUCUCUCAAAGAACAACAAUCUCUCAAAGAACAACAAUCUCUCAAAGAACAAACAAACAAACAAGGAAUUAAAAAAAACCAACAACUUCUCAGCCUUUCGGUGUGUUUGUAGUAUAAUGGGACUGGUGGGUGCUUCUUACAUGCUGUAAAAUGCUUCUGACUAUGUAUUAAAAUGUGUGGUCUGGA